AUGAUCUCUCGCGGUUCCAGGGCCUACUACUACCUCCGAGAGAUCAGGAAUGUCGUUUCAACCAAGCGGGAUGUCACCCAGCUCUGGAGUUGUGAUCCCAAGAGUAUCAAGAUCCUCGGCAUUGACUUGGGCCAAGCAUUUGUCGCUGGAGCGAGUGCGAUUCUACUCACUCGCGAUCAACCGAAUGUCGAACAAGUACAAGAGUCUGGCCCCACGACCAUGGAGUCGCCGCUGUCAAGUACUGAGGCAAAGGAGGAUGAACAGGCCGAGGAACCGUUGCCCAAGUUUUUCAACUUGGCCGUCAAGCAGAAGGCUGUCUACCAACCUACCUUCAAGCAUAGACGAUGGCUGGAGCGUAGGAAAGGGCAGACAGUUGAGGGGGGACCUUCCAUCAGUCAAAUUUCUCAACAGUCUCAUUCGACAAAACUGGAUUGGCUCCUCUGA